CUGGAAAGAAAAUAGAGCAAGAAAGCAGAGCGACUCUAGGACCAUGAUAUGAAGGGUGACGAGACGACUUUUGGCGCUUGAAUGCAAAGGAAUAAUCUUCCCCAGGAAAGCGAAACCCUGGAAGAGCAGUCUGGAAAACAAGAGGAGUUCUCAACUCACACAGCUUACUCUGAGACGGGCAGUCCCGAGCGCAGGCUGGGCUGCCAAGGAACCCAGGAGCUGGACGGCUCGUCCCAGUGGCUGGCUGACCAGAAUGAGGCCGCUUCCCAGCAUGCACUGGAGGAGGACGCCAGCACUACAACCACAACUGAAGCUUUUGGGACGAGAGGCAAAGAGCAAGAGAGAAUUAAAAUGCAGAGCAGUCCUCACAGACAACAUCACGCACUGCAUACACAGACUACGGCAGACAGAAUGACAGGCAGCAACCCAGUGUCGCCAGCCUCUUCAGGCUCACCUGCCUCAAGUGGCAGCAUCUCCCCGCCACAUCUCACCCACGACUCCUCUCUGGACAGUCAUCUUAGCUUUGAUGUUCCCAAGUUACAGAACAGAGCCCUUAUAUCGCCUGGGAUGUAUACCUCUCCUGACCCAGUGAGCAUGUGGGACAAGACACAUGCAGAGAUUGCUGAGCAGGCCAAACACGAGGCAGAGAUUGAGAAUCGAAUUGCAGAAAUGAAGAAGGAAGGAUUCUGGUCCCUAAAAAGGCUGUCAAAGGUGCCUGAGCCAGUUCGGCCCAAAGUACACUGGGAUUAUCUCUGUGAGGAGAUGCAGUGGCUGUCGGCUGACUUUGCCCAGGAGCGACGAUGGAAGAGGGGCGUAGCAAGGAAGGUUGUGCGUAUGGUGAUCAGGCACCACGAAGAGCAGAAGCAGAAAGAAGAACGAGCCAAACGGGAAGAGCAGGCCAAGCUACGUCGCAUUGCAUCAUCCAUCGCCAAAGAGGUCAAGCAAUUUUGGAGCAACGUUGAGAAGGUUGUGCGUAUGGUGAUCAGGCACCACGAAGAGCAGAAGCAGAAAGAAGAACGAGCCAAACGGGAAGAGCAGGCCAAGCUACGUCGCAUUGCAUCAUCCAUCGCCAAAGAGGUCAAGCAAUUUUGGAGCAACGUUGAGAAGGUUGUGCAGUUCAAGCAGCAGUCACGGCUGGAGGAGAAGCGGAAAAAAGCCCUGGACCUGCAGCUGGAUUUUAUAGUAGGCCAGACAGAGAAGUACUCAGACCUGCUGACCCAGAGCCUCAACGAGAGCCUCCCAGUUCCUAGCAAGACUGGCAGCUCCCACGCUGAUUCUACUGCUUCUAGCCCACCACCACCCACUCAGCUCAUUGAGGAUGAAGAUGGGGAUUUCCAACCCCAUGAGGAGUCAGAUGAUGAGGAGACCAUUGAAGUGGAAGAGCAGCAAGAAGGGAAUGAUUCGGAGUCUCAGCAACGGGAGAUUGAGCUGCUAAAGCAGGAGAGCGAGCUGCCCCUAGAGGAGCUGCUGCAGUCACUGCCACCUCAAAUCUUAGAGAACUCCUGCAGUGUGUCACCUUGUGCUUCCAGCUCUGACAAUGAUGAGGAGGAAGAGGAGGAAGAGGAAAGUGAUAGUGAAGAGGAGGAAGAGGAGGAGGGGGAGAGACGAACCACCAAGAACUUAAAGCAGGAUAAACCAAAGCCUGUUACUCAGAGAAAUAAAAAACCAUGGAAGCCUGAUGAGGAAGAUGCAGAGUUCACUGCUAAUGAAGAGGAAGCUGAAGAUGAAGAAGAAACUAUAGAUGCUGAAGAAAAGCUGGAAGGGGAUGUUGAUCACAGCAAGGAGCUGGAUGACCUGGCAAAGGAAGGGGAGUUGCCUAUGGAGGAGUUGCUGCAAAAAUAUGCUGGUGCCUAUGCCUCAGAUUUCGAAAUGGAGGAGUCGGACACAUCCGAAGCCUCAGAGGCCAGCACUUCAGAGUACGAGGUGGAGUCAGAGGAGGAUGACAGCAGUAGCCACUCAGAUGCCACAGACGAGGUGGAGAGUGAACAGGACGAAAGUGAAGAGGAAGAUGCCCUUGGGGAGGAAGAAACUUCAGUGAGCCAGAAAGAAGAUUUUGGUGUUGAGUACCUUCUGAAGCAGGAUGAGGAUUGUGGCGGUGAGGGAGACAAUGACUCAGCUCCAGCCCCAGGGCCCAAGAAGGAGAUUACAGACAUUGCAGCGGCAGCAGAGAGCUUGCAACCCAAAGGGUAUACCUUGGCGACGACACAGGUUAAGACGCCCAUUCCUUACUUGCUGCGUGGGACGCUGCGAGAAUACCAGCACAUUGGUCUGGACUGGUUGGUCACCAUGUAUGAGAAGAAACUCAAUGGUAUUUUGGCUGAUGAAAUGGGUCUCGGCAAAACCAUCCAGACGAUUUCCCUGCUGGCUCACUUGGCCUGUGAAAAGGGCAGUUGGGGACCCCACCUGAUCAUCGUUCCCACCAGCGUGAUGCUGAACUGGGAGAUGGAGAUCAAACGUUGGUGCCCCAGUUUCAAGAUCCUCACAUAUUAUGGGGCACAGAAGGAGCGUAAGCUGAAGCGGCAGGGUUGGACUAAGCCCAAUGCCUUCCAUAUCUGCAUCACCUCAUACAAAUUGGUGCUGCAGGACCACCAAGCCUUUCGACGCAAAAAUUGGAAGUAUCUGAUUUUGGACGAGGCCCAGAACAUCAAGAACUUCAAAUCCCAACGCUGGCAGUCUUUGCUCAACUUCAACAGCCAGAGGCGGUUGCUGCUGACUGGGACGCCUCUCCAGAACAGCCUGAUGGAGCUGUGGUCCCUCAUGCACUUCCUGAUGCCCCAUGUCUUCCAGUCACAUCGUGAGUUCAAAGAGUGGUUUUCCAAUCCGCUGACCGGCAUGAUUGAGGGCAGCCAGGAAUACAACGAGAACCUGGUCAAGAGGCUGCAUAAGGUGCUGCGGCCCUUCCUUCUACGGAGAGUGAAAGUGGAUGUAGAGAAGCAAAUGCCAAAGAAAUAUGAGCACGUCAUCAAGUGCCGGCUCUCCAAGCGCCAGCGUUAUCUCUACGAUGACUUCAUGGCCCAAGCUACCACGAAGGAGACCUUGGCCACAGGGCACUUCAUGAGUGUCAUCAACAUCCUGAUGCAGCUCCGCAAGGUCUGCAACCAUCCGAACCUCUUCGACCCGCGGCCGAUCCAUUCGCCGUUUAUCACAGAGGGCGUCUGCUUCAACACAGCUUCACUUGUCCUCCAGGUCUUGGAUGAUGACCCUUUCAAGCAGGUGGACUUGGGCAUUUUUGACUUGAUCAAUUUGGAGGGGCGUGUGUCCCGUUAUGAGACAGACACGUUCCUUCCAAAGUGGAAGGUGACAAGAAAACUGAUUGAGGAAAUUGCUGAGUCCCCAGACCCUCCUCCGAGACCCAAGCCGGUCAAGAUGAAAGUGAACAGGAUGCUGCAGCCUAUGCCCAAGCCGGAGAAUCGUACCGUUGUGCUAGUGAACAGCCCUCGUCCCACGGCCCCACUGCAGAGGCCCAUGACGCCUGUGCUGCCAGAGCCCUUGGCACCUGCUCUAGCUCCCAUCCAGCAUCCGGGACCAGUCAUGCCAGGCCCUGUACCGACACCUCCACUUCCUGUCUCAGUCUCUCUCCCUUUGCCGAUCCCUAUGACCCCCUCGCCGGUUCCCAUGUCGAUACCAGUGCCUCCUGCAACCAGACCACAAACACAAACUCUAGUGCCUACUUUGAGCCAGAACAGUACACCUGCCACCCUGCUUCAUGGCCAGGCCUCAGCUCCACAGGUGCUGCCCAUGACCGCAGCUCAGCUGGUUCCAACUGCUCCCCGACCUCUCCUCCCACCAACUCCAAUUGCUUCCACAACCACCACAUCUUCUCUCAAGCCCAUGCUAGCCCCAGUGGGGCAGCCACAACCUGUCAGCACCUUGGGCAUGCCUCCUGUGGUGCAGCAGCAGCAGCAGCAUCAACAACCUAUCAGUACCUUGGGCAUCACCCCUCUGGGAGUGCAGCCACCCAUCAGCACCCUGGGCAUAUCCCCUGUGGGGCAGCAACAGACUGCUAACACCUUGGGGGUACCCCCUGUGGGGCAGCAGCAGCCGCCGCCUCUUACAAACACUUUGGGGCCAGUCCCUGCAGCUCAGCAGCCCGGCAGCGCCAUCGGCACAGGCACCGUUGGAGGCAUGAUGAAGCCUAUGAAUAUCCAUUCUGCUGUUCCUACUUUGCCUGGCUACAACUUCACCACAACCACCGGAACUGUGCAGCAAAGGCUCCUGUUGUCUCCGGAUAUGCAGGCACGCUUGCCCUCAGGCGAAGUGGUCAGCAUUGGACAGCUUGCAUCGCUGGCCAACCGGCCCCUCCAGAGCGCUCCAGGUAGCAAACCCCUCACCUUCCAGAUCCAGGGCAACAAACUGACCUUGACGGGUACACAGGUGCGCCAGGUCACGAUGCCUCAGCCAGCCCGACAGCUGCCAAGGAAUGUAGUUCACCUGGUGUCUGCUGGGGGGCAGCACCAUAUCAUCAGCCAGCCCGCCCAAGUGGCUUUGAUCCAGGCCAUGGCCCAGCAGGCUGGGCAGGCACCUAUUGGUGUGCAAGCUGUGCCAGGUCACCAGGCCCCCACUAUCCUGCCUGUGCCAGCGGCCAGCACAGCCGCUGCGGCUGUUGCCUCCACGGCAACCAUCAGUGUCCCCAUUGCUGCCACCCAAGUGCCCUCCUCAGCAGUGAACAGUUCCGGAGUGGUGAAGAUUGUCGUUCGCCAAGCCCCUCGAGACGGACUGGUGUCCCCCUCCACUGGCCCGCAGCAGCCACCUCUGCGCCCAACCGCAUCGACAACGGCCACGACUCUGCCUGGAUUCACAACGGCCCUCAUGGCACAGCGAGCCCCACUGCCUGUGAAUCCGGUGCCACCUGUCAGGCUGCCCACGCAACCAGUGGUGCCCAUGAGAGCACCCACACCAGCUCCCCUUCAGGCUCUCGUAAGACCCAUGCUGCGAAUGGUGCAGGCUCCGAGUCCCAGCAUGGAGCAACAGCUGGCUUCUCCACCUCCGUCUGUGGCUCCAUUUGCGAUCACCCCAGCUGCCACAGUCUCUGCUGUUGCUGUCAGUGCCUCCCCUGCUAUGCCUCCCCAAGCCACCUCCAGCCCAGUGCCGAAGGAGGAACCGGAGAUCUUAAUGCUGCGCUCCACAACACCGACACCACCGCCUCUCCCUUCCAUUUUGGCUCCAAGGCCUCGACGGCAACCACCUCCCCCACCCCGCUCGCCCUUCUAUCUGGAAUCACUUGAAGAGAAGCGGAAAAAGCAGAAGGAGGAGCGCCUUGACAGGCUUUUCCGCCUCAAUGAGCAGCACUGCAACCUUGUGCCCAUUUAUGGGACUGAGGUGCUCCGCUUUUGUACCCUUUUCCCCCCUGCUCCCCCUUCUUGGAGGGAGGAGGAGGAGGGAAAUGAGGAACAAGCGGGAGCAGCCCAGAAAGUAGAACCAAAGGUCUCAAGAGGAGCUGGUUAUACCCACUGCUACGCAGCCCAAGUGCAGAGGGACCCCCACCACCUGGAGGCCUACUGGCAACGGGCUGAGUCCUUGGCUCAAGGUAUCCUGACACCCCAGCAGCGAAUUGAAGAACUGACAGACAUUAUAGAGAGGUUCAUUUUCGUUAUGCCUCCUGUGGAGGCGCCCGCUAUCACCAUGCACAGUUCUCAUCCACCCCCAUCACUCCUGCUCCAGCAGGCUGUCUUCAAGGAGACACUGCGACAGGAGCUUUCGCCCCAUGCCAGCUGCCUGCAUCGUAUCAUUUGCAACAUGAGGACUCAGUUCCCAGACCUCCGUCUCAUCCAGUAUGACUGUGGGAAGCUUCAGACUUUGGAUAUUCUGCUGCGACAGCUCAAAGCUGGAGCACACCGAGUUCUUAUCUUCACUCAGAUGACUCGCAUGUUAGAUGUGCUGGAACAGUUUCUCAAUUAUCAUGGCCAUAUCUACUUGCGCCUGGAUGGUAGCACCCGUGUCGAGCAACGGCAGGCACUCAUGGAGCGUUUCAAUGCAGACAAGCGCAUCUUCUGUUUCAUCUUGUCAACUCGCAGCGGGGGUGUUGGAGUGAACUUGACAGGUGCUGAUACUGUGGUGUUCUAUGACAGUGACUGGAAUCCCACCAUGGAUGCCCAAGCCCAAGAUCGGUGCCACCGCAUCGGGCAAACACGGGAUGUUCACAUCUACAGGUUGAUUAGUGAAAGGACAGUGGAAGAAAAUAUUCUGAAGAAGGCCAAUCAGAAGAGGAUGCUGGGAGAUAUGGCAAUUGAGGGAGGCAACUUCACUACAGCCUAUUUCAAGCAGCAAACGAUUCGUGAGCUGUUUGACAUGCCACUUGAUGAGCCAGCUAAGAAAGAAGGGGAGGCCCCAGUUGUUGUACAGGAGGAGGAAGAGGACACCUUGGCCACCAAGCAGACUCAGAUUCUGGAACAGGCACUGUGCAAGGCAGAGGACCCAGAAGAUAUCCGGGCUGCAACCAAGGCCAAGGCAGAGCAAGUGGCUGAGCUAGCAGAGUUCAAUGAAAACAUCCCUUUGGAUGUGGACGAUCGACCCAGCAAGGAAGAGGAGGAGGAGAUGUCAAAGGCUGAGCAAGAGAUUGCUUCACUGGUAGAACAGCUCACACCGAUAGAACGCUAUGCCAUGAACUUUCUGGAGGCAUCUCUAGAGGACAUCAGUCGGGAAGAGUUAAAGCAGGCAGAGGAACAAGUAGAAGCUGCCCGGAAAGACAUCGAUCAGGCUAAGGAUGAAGUGGUUUUCAAGCUGCCAGAAGAUGAGGAUGAGAACUAUCUAAUUGAAGAAGGCUCCAGCAAAAAGAGCAAAAAGGCUAAGGGACCUAACCGCUUGGCCUUGGAGAGAACCGGCACCCGUAUGAGCGAAAGGCUGCGGAGCACCCGCGUCCCACCACGAGAUGGAAGUAGUGGGGAUGUGGAGUCCCCCCAAGCAAGGCUACCCAAUCUCCGACAUCCCCGGGCAGUGACUACUGAGGAGGAUGACGGCCUGCCCCAAGUGGCUCAGCAUACGCGAGGGGCUGCUGUGCGCAGAGAAUUAGUACGAGAGGAGAAGUCUGCUCAGGUUUUCCCAAAUACUCGGAGAACUGUGGCCCGCCGAGAGGAGGCGUGGACUAAAUCCCCAUCUGCUGGGGAGAGGGUGCAGAAAAUAGCCCCACAUAGAACUGAGGCGCCUUCUUCUGGUGACAGGGUUUUGAGAACUAAUCCCCAAAGGACAGAGAUCCCCUCUGUGGGGGAUAAGUUGCCACAAGUCACUCCACAGAAGCCAGAUCUGGGAGCUACUGGUGACAGAGUCAUAAAAAGCAGCCCUCCUAAAACAGAAGCCCAAAUUGCUAGUGAUACGUUGCGGCAAAGUCCCCGGCAAGCGACAGACUCCAGUUUGGAUAAGGUCCUGAGGGGAGGCCCCCAGAGGCCUGAGAAACCUUCUGCCUUGGUUAAUCUCCAGUCCAGCUCAACUAGGUGUGAGGCAACAAUAUCGGACGCACAGGCCCUCCAGCUUCAUACAGAAGUAGUUGAUGGGAAAGCACUCAAAGUAAAAGCUGGUACAGUUUCACAAGAACAGGAAGAAACUCCCCAGCUCAGUUCAUCGGCCCCUGAACUUCAAACUACAAAUAAUGCCCCAAGUGUGCAAGUACCAACCCAGGAUGGACUAAUGACCACAAAAUUAUUGGAUACAGGGACGUCAUCUGAUGUGGGAAUCCCAGCUCCAAAAGAGAAGGUGUCAAACCUUGUGCCCCUUGUUGCUACUCAGGAGCUACCAUGUGAGAGCAAACCGGAGGGUGCACGUGAGGCAGGCAUCGCUUUGAGUGAGCAAAAAGAGGCUCAGCCUAAGCCAGAUGAAGACAUGGAGAUGAGUGCAGAACAAGCCUUAUUGAACUCUUCAGGUUUAGCACACAGGCAAGAGGAGGUGAUGCAGGAGGCAACACUCUUGGGUUGUGUUGAUAAGCUGGCGAAGGGGCUUGAUGCUUUUAAAAGCUCAGAGGACGUUCUUCCACAAGCAACAGAUGGCACAGCAUCCAUGUUAGACAGUAAAAAACCCCAGACGGAGAUGCUAAUACUCGCUUCCCCAGAGCACUCCACGACAGCUGCUAGCUCCCUCCUUCAUCUGGAAAGUCCUCCGUUUGCUAAGGAACAGAAUGGUUUGGGGCAGCCUCCCAGAACUGGAGACUUGCUUUGCCCGGUUUCAGACUUGCGAGAGGAAAUCUCACCUCUACAGAUGGCACUGCCGACACCAGAGGCAACUAGCAGUGAAGCCAACAGCUUCAGCGAGUCACCCAAGCUCAGUCAAGGAGUGGUGGAAAAAAAGCUUCACGAGGAUGAUCAGCAAAACAAAGAGACCAAAACUUCAGCCAUCUGCCCGGGAACUGUCGCCUUGCAGGAGAGUUCGCCAGGCUCUGUAACCUCUCCAGGAGCGCUCUUUUCAGAUGAGAGCCUCUCGCCAAUUAAGGCACCUCGCCGUCGGACGAGUGCUGAUGUGCAGAUCCGUCAGAGCUGUCAGGAUCAAGAUGGCCCUGCUGCCAAAGUCUUGCGCAAGCUGCCGGGGCGCCUGGUCACAGUGGUGGAAGAAAAGGAGCUGAUUCGGCGGCGGCGUAACCGCAUGCGCAAGCUGGAUGCUGCCAACAGCGCUACAGGAGGUGCCAGCAACAGCUCAGCUCCAAGUGUGUCAGAAUCAGAGACCUCCCCCUCUGGAAAAGAUUUGCCGUUGUUGCGUGAUUUGCCUGCCCGUCGGAGAAUUGAACUGGAGAGCCGGGCAGCCGCCAAGGAAAAGGAUGAGGGUUCAAGAGGGGAGGGGCUUCUGAGCCCUUCCAUGGAGCCUGUCAAGCGCAAACGUGGCCGUCCCCCCAAGAACAAAUCUCCUGAGCAGCCAAGUCAAGGCUUCUUUCAGCCCCUCCUUGAGCCAACCCUUGAGACCAGUCUUCAAGGCAAAGCACCUGAACCCACGUUGCCUGAGACUCAGCCCCACAGCAAGACCUCAGAGGAGAAGGCGGCGAAGACUCAGCCCCAUAGUAAGACCUCACAGGAUAAGGUGGUGAAGACUCAGCCCCAUAGCAAGACCUCAGACGAUAAGGUGGCAAAGACUCAGCCCCAUAGCAAGACCUCAGACUAUAAGGUGGCGAAGACUCAGCCCCAUAGCAAGACCUCAGAGGGGAAGGCUUCUCAAACAUCCACCCCCAAGAACAAGUCUCCCAAGACAAAAACAGAGAGCAGUGAGAAUGACUCCCCUGUGGAGAAACGAAGGCGUGGCCGCCCCCCCAAGGUACGGGAGUCCCCCAUCAGAUCUCCUAAACCUUCUGCUUCUGAAAUGCUACAAGUCUCAGCUGCAAAACCUCCAAUCACAGAGCUCUCCCCAGAGGUGCAGAAGUCCCCUGCACCCGUUUCCAUGGUAGAAGCGGCAUCUAAGGUUGAAUCGCUGGAGGUGAAUCCCAAAAUAACUUCUGUCUCAAAAACAUCUCCAAAGGCACAGAGCCGGGCACCCACACCCCCCAAAUCCAGAUCAGUCUCAAAAUCGACUCCUAAGGCACAAGAACUGUUGCCCAUUUCCCCCAAACUGCUUUCCAAAUCAUCCACAGAAGCAUGUGAACCUCCGUCUUCUUCCCCUAGAACGCUCUCGGGAAUUGAAACUUCCCCAGAGGCGAAAGAACCGUCUUCUCCAGCCUCUGUUCCACAUACAUCACCCAAAGCUUUCACAACAGCAGAAUCUCCACCCAAACGGAAGAGGGGUCGUCCCCCAAAGAACUCCCCUUCUCCAUAUCUAGAGGCAGCAGCACCUCCUGCCUCAGCCUCUGAGCAGGAAAGCACCCUGGAAAAGAAGGCCCCGGUUCCUCCGGUCCGCAAGAGGAGGCGGCGAAGGAGAAAGGAUGAACUUGGGCCAUCGUUGCCUGGUGUCAACCAGAGUUCAUCAGAGGGCGAGGAUACCCGCCCUCUCACCAGACUAGCCCUGCUGAAGCGUGAAGAAAAGGUGGACUCCUGUACAGAGGGAUUAACUCAGGCCUCCCCAAAAGAUGUGCUUGCAGAGGGUCUCUCCUCAGCGGAAAGUAGUACUUGGGAACAGCAGUCCAGCGACACCCCGACGCGCUCUACCCGUCUGCGGCCUGGCAGCCUCGUCCCACCCCUAGAGUGGGAGAGCCAGCGGCGGAAGCGGCGCUGCUCCUUGGAAGGCAGCCAAGUGAGCAACAGCAGCAAGUCCCCUGCUCCCCAGGCCAGCUUGGAGCAGGAGGGCGGGGAGUCGGAGUCCUCCCUCAGGUCUUCCUCAGAGUCGAACAGUAGCAAGGGGACCCAACAGCCCAAGCGCCAAUGCUGUGAAUCAGAGGGACGUGGCAGAGGGAGGGGGAGGAGGCAUCACAACCCGACCAACGUGGCCGAUCGCAUCCUUCGUAGUGCUGCUAAACCUGCCGACAACACUCGCUCGGCUUCCUCCCCGGCCCCCACCAGGAAGGCAGGCCCAGCUUCUGCUUCCACUUCGGCCGGGGGAGUCGCUGGCCUGCCCUCUCCCUCAACUGCCGCCUCCCCGGCUGCCACAGUUACCUCUUCACUAAGUAACAGAGGCCGCAAACCCAAGACGUGAUGACCACACCCCGACAAGUUCUGCGGUCGCUGCUCUGCAGGGAAGAGCCCGGAGUUGUCUCUUCCCUGUACGUAACCAUAAAGCAGAUUUAGUCCCCUCCUCCCCUCGCUCUUAUUCCAGCUGUUAACAUGGGGGGGGCAGCUGAUGGGACUCGGCUAUCCCCCACUCAGCUCCCUGCAUUCCAGACUUGACAUAGAGUCUACUUGAAAGGAGUCCAGCCGUGGCAGCAGGCAUGAUGGCCCAUUCCCAGGUGCUCUCCCUCCGAGGGUGUGGCAAGGCCUGCUCCAGCUAAAUAUUGGCAGUUCCAGGCCUGUCACUCUGCUGCUCCAUCACUGGGGGAAGUGAUUGGGCCGGUACUUUUCUCAAUGAAUUCUGCUACUUCCUGAUCAUGGAGCAGAGCGCAGGGGAAUGGCAGUUUUUGUAUUGCCAUAGUCCUACCCGUUAACGUAACAGUUCUGUCAUCCCUGAAUGCCGCACCACUUCACCGCCAUUUUGUGAUGCCUCAGUCCUAGUGUUCAUCGAGCGCUUUUGUCCUUUUUUUAAAAAAUUCACAUCUUGGGGCUCUGGUGUCUCUACUUUCUUUUAUCUGUUCCCACUGCCCCUAGAUCUGCAGUGGAUACUCUUCUGAUUUAUAUCACAAUUAGCUCUUACUUUUUUAAUGGUUUUGGGUUGGUUUUUAAAUGACAGUGACCAAAUAACUGGGUCCUUUCCUGCGCUCUCCCUUUUGAUUGUCUCUUUGCUUAUUCUUUUAACUAGCUUAGGGCCCGCUUGAGGUGCAAGGAGGUCAAAAAAACUGACCCCCUCAAAAUGGGGGUGCAUGGCCCACCCCAAGAAGGCCAUGCGCUCCCUUUUGCAGCACCACCAGAAACUGUCUAAUUUUUAAUGAUGUACAUUGCAGCCUCACUGCUCCAAGGACUCUCUGUGGGCUCCAGUUGGGUCAGAUCCCUCUCCCCUCCCUUUUCUCUCUGUGUACAGCUCUCAUUGUAAAAUAGGUUCUUUUGAACAUAAUCUAUGCAAAGGUUAUUUUGUAUAGGGGAGCACAAUGUUCCCUCCCCUCCCCCACCGCUGUGGGAUUUGGGGGUGGCAGUGGUUCUCUGGUUUUUGGGGAGGGAUGCAGUUGGGGUGGAGGGGGAGGUGUUCCCACGGAGCUGUCUUUCCUACUGAAGCAUGUUCAGAACUUGUACAGAAGACCGAUGUAAUCUUUCUUCAGAAUAAUGCUAUGAAAUAAAGUGUUAAAAAACAACAAAAACAGCAAAAAAAACACAACAGCACACCA